GAACAGAGAAUGGUCCUCAGAAAAACAGUGAGGGUUUAGCCAUUUGUAUGGGUGGUUUUAUCAAUCAAGUGUGUGGGACCCCUCGUUUGAGUCAAACCGUUCAGUGCGUGACUGCGCCUACGGUAAAUACAGCGUUAUAAUUCUUAAGCAACAGACAUACGCAAUUGGAAAGAUAUUAUUGAUUACAUGUUUAUAGAGGAUAGCUCUCGCAUAAAAUAAAAAUGACUUCCCCCUCCGUUAUGUUUUCAGCGUCAUAUCCCUCGCCGCUGGAGGAAUGUCGAGACCGAAUGAUUUAAAAAUAGCAUCUUCUCUCCUCUGACAGCCUUCUCUAGUGACUCCCUUAGCAUUGUGGUGCGAGAAGCAAGAAUGCGAAGAUGGCUGCAGAUUUAGGAGAGCUGCUUGUCCCUUAUAUGCCCACCAUCAGAGUUCCCAGAACAGGAGACAGGGUUUUCAAGAGCGAAUGUGCCUUUUCCUACGAUUCUCCCGAGUCUGAGGGAGGCUUGUAUGUGUGUAUGAACACAUUCCUGGGCUUUGGCAGAGAACAUGUGGAGAGACAUUAUCGUAAAACCGGACAGAGUGUUUACAUGCUCCUCAAACGGCAUGUCAAAGAGAAAGCCACAGGUGCCGCAGGAGGCGCCAUCUCCAGAAGAAGAAAUGGCAGAGUGUUCCUAGAUUUAGAACUGAACCGUGAUUUUAACGGGGAUGAGUAUGAGUGUGAAGACGAGGCCAAGCUCGUCAUAUUCCCAGACCACUUCGAGAUCCCCUUACCAAAUAUUGAGGAGUUGCCUGCACUGGUGACAAUAGCCUGUGAUGCCGUGCUCAACGCUGCGUCAGCCUACAAAAAGCAGGAGUCUGACUCCUGGGACGAGGAGAUCCAGGUGUCCAAACACGCCAGGAGUCUCCGACAGCAGGACAACGGAGUGAGGAUCCCACCCAGUGGUUGGAAAUGUCAGAAGUGUGAGAUGAGAGAGAACCUGUGGCUGAACCUGACGGACGGAGCGGUGCUUUGUGGGAAGUGGUUCUUCGACGGUGCUGGAGGAAACGGCCACGCCCUGGACCACUACAAAGACACCAACUUCCCUCUGGCAGUCAAACUGGACAACAUCACCGCAGAUGGAGCAGAUAUAUAUUCAUUUGAUGAAGAAGAAGCAGUCCUGGACCCUCACAUAUCCGAACACUUGCAACAUUUUGGAAUAGACAUGCUACAGAUGCAGCAGAAUGGAACAGAAAAUGGCCACCUCAACACAGACAACACAGAGAGCGUUCGGCCUCGGGUCAGCGAGUGGGAGGUGAUCCAGGAGUCGGGCAUGAAGCUGAAGGAGGUGUACGGCUCAGGUUUCACGGGCAUUAAGAACUUGGGUAACAGCUGCUACCUGGGCACCACCAUGCAGGUCCUUUUCAGCAUCCCAGAGUUCCAGAGGGCGUAUGUUGGAAAUCUACAGAGGAUCUAUGACUACUCACCUCUUGACCCCACCACGGAUUUCAGCACACAAAUGGCUAAACUGGGCCACGGACUUCUCUCAGGCCUGUACUCCAAACCACCAAUGAAAUCCGAGCUCAUUGAACAGGUGAUGAGAGAAGAAUACAAGCACCAGUCGAAGGGCAUCUCUCCCAAGAUGUUCAAAGCCAUGGUCAGCAAGGGCCACCCCGAGUUCUCCUCCAACAGACAGCAAGACGCACACGAGUUCUUCCUGCACCUCAUCAACCUGGUCGAGAGAAACAGUGCUGGCUCAGAGAACCCCAGUGAUGUCUUCCGCUACCUGGUGGAGGAGCGUGUGCAGUGCUGCCAGACGCAGAAGGUGUGCUACAACCAGAAGGUGGACUACCUGAUGCAGCUCCCGGCCCCCAUGGAGGCUGCCUCCAACAGAGAGGAGUUGAUAGCGUAUGAGGCCAAGCGAAGAGAGGCAGAGGAGAACAUGAGAGCCCCUCCAGAGCCUGUGAGGGCCCGGAUCCCCUUCACAGCGUGCCUGCAGGCCUUCACAGAGCCAGAGAACGUCCCCGACUUCUGGAGCUCAGCACUGCAGGCCAAGUCAGCUGGAGUCAAGACUUCCCGUUUCGCCUCCUUCCCAGAGUAUCUGGUAGUGCAGAUUAAGAAAUUCACAUUUGGGGUUGACUGGGUUCCAAAGAAAUUAGAUCUGUCCAUAGACGUACCAGACUUCCUGGACCUGUCUCGACUCCGGGGCACAGGGCUGCAGGCAGGAGAGGAAGAGCUCCCUGACCUCACCCCCCCCAUCGUCCUGCCUGAAGACACCAGAGAUGACUCAAUGAACUCCUCAGAUUCCCCAGAUAUAGACGAGUCGGCGGCGAUGCAGCUGGCGGAGAUGGGCUUCCCUCUGGAGGCCUGUCGGAAGGCCGUUUACUACACAGGGAACAUGGGCCCUGAAAUGGCCUUCAACUGGAUCAUAGCCCACAUGGAGGAGCCUGACUUUGCUGAGCCCCUGGCCCUUCCUUCCUUCAUGGAGCCAGGCCCCUCCAUGGCCAGCCUGGGCCUGGCAGCCACCCCCCUGGACAACCAGCCUCCGGAGGAGAGCAUCGCCAUCCUCACGUCCAUGGGCUUCCCCCGCCGCCACACAGUCCAGGCCCUCAAAGCCACGAACAACAACUUGGAGAGGGCUCUGGACUGGAUCUUCACCCACCCGGAGAGGGAGGAGGAGGAGGAGGAGCCUAGUGACGACCUUUUGGACAUGUCUGACAUCAUGGAGCCCAACGACAACACCUUCUCCAACGCAAACACGAACAGCCACUCCACGCUGUCCCCAGACCAGGAUGCCUCGGGCCCCCGGAUCAAAGACGGACCCGGACGUUACGAGCUUUUUGCUUUCAUCAGCCACAUGGGAGCGUCCACUAUGUCUGGUCGUUAUGUAUGUCAUAUCAAGAAGGAAGGAAGAUGGGUGAUCUUCAAUGACCAUAAAGUGUGUUUGUCAGAAAGGCCUCCAAAAGACUUGGGCUACAUCUACUUUUACCGUCGGCUGUCUAGCUGCUAGACCUAUUUCUCCCCCCUUUACCGUCAGCUGUCUAGCUGCUAGAACCCCCUCCACUCAACCCUCCAACCUUAGAGAACCACAGCCUGGAAAACAGAGGACAACCAUGACAUCAGUGGAAACCAUGGAAACACCUCAGACCAGCCAUGAAACAAAGGAAGCCACUCAACUCAUCCAAGUCACUCAAGAGCAACAGGAAAAUGCUUCCAUACUUCAAGUGCAGUCAAAAAAAAAAGGGAAAGCAAUGUGGAUAUUUUUUGUAUGUCACUGUGAAAAUCGUGUGCUUUUGUGUAUUGAAACAUGUUAUUUUGUCUACGGUGUUGGUACAGAGGGAUGUGUGCAAUUCUUGUUAUUGGAGUGCUCUACACCUAUAGUAUUAGCCUAUCAGAUCGUGCUAUUCAUUUUCUAUGCCUUCAGCUACUGUGCCAGUAUUUUUAUUAAUGAAGUGCUACGUUUUAUAAACGUGGAGCAUGGUCCUGAAGUGGUCACGCAUCACUGCCAGGAACUAAAACUCUCUGAAGCGAAACUCAACAAAAAAAUCACAAAGCUGCUCAAUGCUGCUGGGAGCUUUGCAUGUACAGAUGUAGGAUCUUAAUUUGACCACAGCAGGAAAAUAAUCCUGUAGCAACUGGAAAUGUGAAUUGUGUGGAUUAUAAUUAAUGGACUUUUUUGUAGGGGUUGAUACAUUUUUAUUUAGGACAAAUCAUAUGAUGAAAAAACACAUCAUACUGUGUUUUGACAGUUCUAGAUCUUGAAAGCUUGAUCGCGGAAAUACAAAACAGUUUGGGAAUGUAUCAAAUGUGGCGUAAUGCAACGAAUACUAAAACAGUUUUCUUAGUGAUAUUUUCCUUUAACGUAAUGGCGUUGAAUUCAGAGAAAUGGGCAGCAUAAGUUUCAGAAUAAGAAAACACAUUUGAAAAAACGCUCUCGUCUAUGAUGAACACUUACACAUGGGAAUCCAUGAAUAUGUAAUAUCCUUAUUGGAGAGUCCGAUGUACGUACUGAUGGUGUCAUAAUAGUCGCAUAUCUGUCUGGUUUUGACUUGCUGAUGACAUCCUGUUUUUUCUGGGAUUCAGAGGAGAAACGGUAACAAUUGGCCGUAUCAAGUUGAGUCAAGUUCAUUUAAUUUCCCACGAGAACAGAAUGUUGUUUUUAUAUUGAAAUCUGAAAGCACUUUUCGACAGAUUAUUUUAUAUCCUUGCUUUUCACAGAGAAACAGAGCACUAAGCAUAGCAGCUACCUUGGCUCAAAUACAACAAACGGAUGUAUUCGCUUCUCUUGAAUGUGGUAAAAGCCAUGGGCUGAGUGUGUUUUAUUUUCAGACCAUGUUGCGAUUUACUCGUACUGUAUUCAUACCGUUGUUGCUUCACAUAUAAUUCUACACAUAAAGUGAAACAUGCCUUGGAUUGCCGUUUUCCUCAGAUCAGAUUGGCCAUGGUGACUAGCAAUGCAGAAUUUUUAUUUUAUUUGAAUCCUUUAGAUAAAAGGCCUACCCCAGUUUUGCAUAAUAUCUAGAAAUAUUUUGUAUACAGUAUUCUAAGGAGAUCCACUUUGGUUGCUCGCCUAAUUUGAUUACAUUUUUUUGUGGAAGGACAGACAACACACUAACUCAUGAGGUUUGCCCGUUUGCCCGUUAUGGUAGUCCUUAAAUGUUACCUUGUUUUGUAUUCAUAUUCGAUACGCCACCAUCUUUUUAAAUGCAGAAUGGUAUGCAUCUGAACACAUCCAACUUGUGUUACGUUAUUAUUAUAGCAAUAUGCACUGGGAUGGAAUCUCAUCUCUUGAGAAUACACCAUGUACUGUAGGUUGUGCUCUACCGCUUGUUUCAGAAUGCGUUCUCGUGCUUUUAUGACGUGGUGCAGUCCUGAAUGUAUUCCUUAUGGUGCUCACUGCAACCAAAACCUAUCUUCAGCUUUAAUGCUCAAAUCUAUCACAUAUCAAAGACCUUACUGACGCAUAGUCACCAACCCUUGUGUUUCCAUUGAUACUGUAUUCAGCAUUUGCUCAAAGACUCUCUGCUCAUGCACCGAGUCACUAGGAUGUCCUCUUCUCCUGAGCCUAUACAGCCACUCUAUCAAAGACAGUUUGUCGACCGGCGUAGUUGUACAAACAAAGUGUUGCCUACAGUUCAUUACAUAUCGACAAGGUAGUGGAGUGCAAUGUUACAUAUCAAAAACCCUCUCAUAUUUUUUUUUUCUUUCUAAGAAUAAUUACCUGGGACACUAGCCAAUCAAAGACUACUUACCUGCGGCACUAUCCAAUCAAAUAAUUGUUACCUGGGGUACUAUUAAAUAAAAAUACUUACCUGUGGCACUAUCCAAUCAAAUAAUUGUUACCUGGGGUACUAUUCAAUCAAAGAAUACUUACCUGGGGCACUAUUCAAUCAAAAUACUUACCUGGGGAACUAGCCAAUCAAAUAAUACUUACCUGGGGCACUAUUCAAUCAAAAUACUUACCUGGGGAACUAGCCAAUCAAAGAAUACUUACCUGGGGCACUAUUCAAUCAAAAUACUUACCUGGGGAACUAGCCAAUCAAAGAAUACUUACCUGGGGCACUAUUCAAUCAAAAUACUUACCUGGGGAACUAGCCAAUCAAAGAAUACUUACCUGGGGCACUAUUCAAUCAAAAUACUUACCUGGGGAACUAGCCAAUCAAAGAAUACUUACCCGGGGAACUAGCCAAUCAAAGAAUACUUACCUGGGGAACUAGCCAAUCAAAGAAUACUUACCUGGGGCAGGUUUCUUGAAAAAGUCAACAUGAUUUUUUUGCAUUUUAAUACUUCUCAAUUAAAUUAAAGCACUCCACAACACGAAGGGUGAUAUGAAAGAAACUAAAACUGCAUAUAAAGUCAAACAUACUUUCUUGCUGUGCAGGAUGAAUCAUGUUUUAGGACCCACACCAGGAACCCAGAAAAUGGUUUUGAUUUACUAGAGCCUUCCCCCUCAAGAUCUCCCAUCCUUGUCAGACACUCCUUGAUAAUUUGCUGUUGUGUACUUUGCCUGUGCAGUGGGGAUUCUUUAUGGUCUCUAUGUAAGUCUUUGUGUUACUGCAAUCUCCCUUCCACAUGUGAUUGUUUUUCUUAUAGAGAUAGAAUGUAUAGAGUGAAUCCCCCCUCUUGUCCAUGUAGAUUGCCAAGGGUCCUAGUGGCCCUUUGUAUAACCAGGCCUAAUUCACUGCCAAAGGUAUUUUUUAGUUGAUUAUUUUACUAGGAAAGUCAGUUAAGAACAAAUUCUUAUUUUUAAUGAUGGCCUGGGUUUAACUGCCUUGUUCAGGGGCAGAACGACAGAUUCGUCAGCUCGGGGAUUCGAUUUUGCAACCUUCCAGUUAUUAGUCCAACCACUAGGCUACUUGCCUCCCCAUCUGAUUGCUGAGGGAGGGUGUUCUAUGCAUUCUAGUUCUUUACAUUUGUCCUCUACAGGGGCUCCUCCCACCUUGGCACUCAUCCUCUUUUAGGCUGGCAGGGUGACCUCUCACCUUCAUUUACAGUGGAUAUAUGUGUUAUGUAGGAUGUCUGGGGCUAGAUUCUAUCAGUUCUGCCUUAACCCGCAAUAACCGACAACUGAAUAGCAGUUUCAUUGUUUUUAUUUAGGCGAUGUCGGAGGUGUAACUACGUUGGCGCUGUCAAAUCUGCAAACGUCUCCCGGCGUUAAACCGAUCGUGGACAUUGCCAUUGGAUGCCAGCAAACGUCUCCCGGCGUUAAACCAAUCGUGGACAUUGGAUGCACCGUGUCGCAUUAGUAAUAAUCCCAUGUAGCCUUUUUACAAGUUUGAAUACUGGAAUGUGUGUUGUAACCUACUCCUCAAUUAGGCUGAUAUUAUUCCAUAAUAUGAUUUUAAAUUUGAGUCAUUAUUUCUAUAUAGCCUAGGCUUGCUUUCUCAUUGUGAACUUUAACGCGAAUGGGUGUGGCUUCGUGACAAUGACCACACGAACCGCUUGCUCACCGGUUUGCCAGCUCUGAUACAGUUACACCUCCGACAUGGCCAAAACACCAGCUAUGCAGUGUUGAUCUGAUUUUAAAUCUAGGCCUUCGUCUUCAGCCUUUUUUUUCUCAGCCCUCCAUCAUCUCUGUCUCUCUCUCUCCACCACUCGCUCUUAUCUCCCGAGGUUGUGAAUGGUAACUAACGUUUCACCUUUGUCACAAAACGCCUUCGUACUGUCCGCAUGUGCACUAAAAGUUGACAUUCAGUCAUUUGGAUUGUACAAUUGUAUUUGUGUGUUUUCUAAUGUAAUUUAACUAAAUGGUCAAUGGUACUUCACCUGUUUUUACUCCUUUUUCUUUUUUUUUUGCCAAUUCUGUAGUUUUCAUUACAUACAGAUUCCCUGAAGGGAUUAUUUAAAGUAGACUUUUGUAAUGUAUGUAUUUAUCCAAAUAUUGUUUGGGAUAUCAGUAUUGUAAUGGAAUAUGUGAAUACAUGGUUAUCACAACAAUAUAUCCGCUGGUACUGUCAAAUAAACUGCAUAUUUCUUGA